GGUCGAAGCCCGACCCCACGCCCUCUCUUUCAUACCUAUCUAUCCCCAUCUUUCCGACGAACUGUGGUCUUGGGACGAGUAAAUAUCUACUCUCCGGUCACACCAAGUCAUUCACAAUGGCCACGACAUCCAAGCAGCGCCUAGCGCUGGCAAUUUGCGACUUCCUCUCUACCUCGUUAACAGACGGCACCCUUCAGGCCGACGACAAAGACUCGAUCGAUGUUGCCGUCAACUGCGUUGCCGAGGCUUUCGGCGUGGACCCGACCGACAAGGCCGCCGUAAAUGAAGCCGUCGGCACCCAGAACCUCCUGCAGAUUUAUUCCGUCUACGAGAAGCUGAAGAAGGCCACCAAGCCUGCCGCCGCAGCGUCCUCAGCCGGUGCAGCAUCGUCAUCGUCCGGCCCCGUGUCGGAGGAGCAGAAGAAGCAGGCCGAGGCGCUCAAGUCCAAGGGCAACGCGGCGAUGGCGCAGAAGGACUACCCGACCGCCAUCGACCUGUACACGCAGGCGCUCGCCCUGCACCCGGGCAACGCCGUGUUCCUGUCCAACCGGGCCGCCGCGCACAGUGCCGCGCGCGACCACGAGUCGGCGCGCGCCGAUGCCGAGGCCGCAGUCGCUGUCGACCCCAGGUACACCAAGGCCUGGAGCCGGCUCGGGCUCGCGCGCUUCGCCCUCGGCGAUGCCAAGGGCUCCAUGCAGGCGUACCAGAAGGGCAUCGAGCACGAGGGCAACGGCGGCAGCGACGCCAUGAAGAAGGGCUACGAGACGGCGAGGCGGCGCGUCGAGGAGAUCGAGGCUGAGGAGCGCGAGGCCGCCGAGCCUGCGACCAGGGACGGGGGUGCCGGCGCCGGUGGGCCGAGCCUCAGCGACCUUGCCGGCAUGUUUGGUGGCGGUGGCGGCCCCGGUGGUCCCGGUGGCGGCGGCGGAAUGCCCGACCUGUCUUCCAUCAUGAGCAACCCCAUGUUCGCGUCCAUGGCGCAGAAUCUCAUGAGCAAUCCGGAUCUGAUGUCAAACCUCAUGGGCAACCCGAGACUGCGCGAGAUGGCAAACCAGUUCGGCAGCGGUGGUGGCAUGCCUGACAUUUCAGCACUUAUGUCCGACCCAAACAUUUCAGAAAUGUAAGUCUCUGCCCCAACGAGGCAACUAUGGAUCGCGCGCUGACAGUCUGCCUGUAGGGCUCGCUCCAUGAUGGGUGGAGGCGCAGGCGGAGGUGCAGGUGGAGGUGGAAGCGAAGGCGGAGGAAACGCCGGACGGGGCGGUGCGGGCGGUUCUCCCCAGUAGAUCCAAUGCUCAGGGUUAUUCUUCGUCACGAUUUGGGCUUCUCGUUACAGAUUUCCUCGUCAUCUCAUAUUCUAGACUAGCGUACUUGGGCACCUACGCGGAUUUCUGAAUCGACGUUUCGAAGUAUUACCUGUCUAUAUGACCACCUUAUCAAAAGCAAUAGAUCUUGUGGCAAGGCCCGCUGUCUAAUAGCACAUCUCUCGAACCCCACCCAAUGCCGUUUGCUUUGUUCCUGCAACGAUCACCCAACCAUCUGGAC